AUGGACGAUGGCAUCACCCCUGCCCAUUCGGUCUCCAUUGUGGCCAUCGAACAAUUGCUACCCAAGCCGCACACGUGCGCAAAAGGAGAACGAUGCGCAAAGUGGAGGAAGCAGCAGCGUCAACUGGCUAGGCUUCAACAAGAGCAUGGAUUUCCCAUCUCACCUGAAAAGGGUGGCCACAUCUUCAUUGCUGGAGACCCUGGUAACGCGCAAACAGCUGGUCGGGCUGUCGAGAACGUUCAUCGUCUUACAUCGGAGUCCGCUCCUUCUCUGAUCGUUCCAUCUGUGGUAGCAUCGUCCGAUCUCCUGGGUCCUAGUCAGCUCCCUGACUUUACUUUGCAAGAUCUCCAGGAAGUAGAGAAGCGCGAUCCGCAGGACAAUGUACGACAGUUCCUCUCGCUGCAAGGGCUGGAACAACCGUACAGCAGUGCUACACCAAUCGAAGCACCCCCAACCCCCCCGAUGGAACUUUUCCCACCUCGUCCAUUCCUGGUGAUACCGGCAGCAACAGCACAACCCAGAGGUUUCAGCGUUCUCCGCAUCGACAUCGGCGCAUACGACAAGGUCUUUCGACCACUUCAGUUCACCAAAUCCAUGCUAUGCACGCACCAGAAUUCGUACCAGCACCGCAUGCUAAUCUCAAGAGCCUUGCCCAAGCUCACAAUCCCAGGACCUCGCUCUGCAUCUGCCCAACCGUAUGGCAACCCACGCCAUCUUGCCCCACAAGCUUCGCACGUGGCACCCGACACCGCCUUUUCUCCAUGUCGCACGACUUCUCCCGGCGGUGUCUACCGAUUCGGUACACCAUUCUCCGAGAUGGAUGUUCCAGUAACGGUCGUUCCUACCGAGCCUGUGUCUCGUGACACAAGCCAGUCCGUGCCGCCCAACAUGCAGUACAAGAUCCAAAUCCAGAGGGGUGGCUCGCGACACGACCGACGACGUCCCUCGUUGCCCAUGCCAGCGCUUAAUGAGAACCAGGUGUUCAGCCCACAGGUCGCCCACUCGGACGACGAGACCCUGCACGGAACACAGUUCUCUGACGACAGUGCCAAGUCAUCCCCAACCAAGGGAGCGUCGAGGUCAUUUGACGGCGAAGCUGCAGACUCUGUACCUCCGCUGCCCAAGGGAGGUUUCGCAUACAAGGGCGUCAACCAUCACGGCUGGAUGAAGAAGCGUCGCACCAAGAUGUUGCGACAUGAGUGGCAGGACCACCACUUCCGCCUCCAGGGCACAAUGCUUGCCAUGCAUCCCAACGAACUCCCUUCCUCGUCUGCUCUGCAGACCAUUGACGUGGACGAUUACGCGGUCGCCUGCUCGUCACUUGCGUCCAACAAGCUCUCUGCCAGGUUCAAGGCCCUCAAGCUGUCAGCUGGCCACCACAAGGAGAAAGAACAGAUUGCGCAGCCCAACUUUGAGUUCUCAGCUCGUUCCUACUGCGCCCAGGCAAGGGCGACAAUCAGGAAAGUCAUGCCCAAUGGCAAGGUUCACCACUUUGCUGUCAAGGGCCGUGACGAGCGCAUCGACUGGAUGCGUGAGCUUAUGUUGGCCAAGGCCCUCAAAGCCAAAAGCCGACGGCUACGAGGUCAACGUCAACGGCAUGGACGUUUGAUCACGUGUACCAACCUCUAUUUCCUUUCGGUCAUUGUGUUUUUUUUUUUCAGCAAGCGAGCGGGCGUUUUUGACUUUCCUGCAACUGCCAUUCUCCUCUCUUUUGCACUGCACUCUCCGGAGUGCUCAUGA